GGGGCCCCAUGAGAUGCCCCUGGUACCUUUUCAUAGGCUUUUUUGAGUUUGGGCAAGGACACAGGGGCCCCAUGAUCCCCUAUUGCCCGGGGGCCCCAUGAGUUGUCAGUCCGCCCCUGGCAGGGAUCCUCCAUCUACCCAGCCGGCAGGUCCACCCACAUGCAGAUACACCCACAUACAAGUACCCGGCGUGAUGACAUCAUCGCGCCAACCCCAUCACAAACAGCCCAUACAAAUACAGGUGUAUGUGACAGGGUUGGCGCCAUAAUGUACUUAUGUGGACCCAGGGGCGGACUGACCAU